UCUUUUAAAUGCGCAGGCGCUCCGGAAAUCCCGUGAGAGCGGCGCAUGCGCAGCGGAGGCCGACGCGCCACCCCAGUGGAGUGAGAGAAGGGUCGCGCGAGAGUCGUAGGUGGAGUUGGUGGGCGCUAUGCUGUCACCCGAGGCUGAGCGAGUACUGCGAUACUUGGUAGAGGUUGAGGAGCUCGCCGAAGAGGUGCUGGCGGACAAGCGGCAGAUUGUGGACCUGGACACUAAAAGGAAUCAGAAUCGAGAGGGCUUGAGGGCCCUGCAGAAGGAUCUCAGCCUCUCUGAAGAUGUGAUGGUUUGCUUCGGGAGCAUGUUUAUCAAGAUGCCUCAUCCUGAAACAAAGGAAAUGAUUGAAAAAGAUCAAGAUCAUCUGGAUAAAGAAAUAGAAAAACUCCGGAAACAACUUAAAGUGAAGGUCAACCGCCUUUUUGAAGCCCAAGGCAAACCAGAGCUGAAGGGUUUUAACUUGAACCCCCUCAACCAAGAUGAGCUUAAAGCUCUCAAGGUCAUCUUGAAAGGAUGAGACUCAAGAACCAAGAUGGGGGACCAGUGACCAGCAACCCCCACAGGGUCAUGGAGGACCCUCCAACCUUGACACCUGUAAGGACAGGAUCUGCCCUGUAAGGGGACAGGCAUCAGGAAUCUGGCCAUGAAAACCUCUUUGUCUGUAGUGCUUGGCUGCUCUGUGACAGGAGGGAACCCUCAGCCUGUCUGGCUGCUAGACCUGUACACCAGGGCACAGUGCACACAAGACCUAUUGAUGGGCCCUGGCAGCCACCAGUGGGUGUGUGGAGCCAUGGCUGUGGGGGUGUGUGAAUGACUGCAGCAGGCACUUCUCAACAAUGGCCUGCUGUAAGGACCCUGAGCAGGGAAGGAGGGAGGGAGGGAAGGAGGGAGGGAGGGAGGGAGGGAGGGAGGGGGCAGAGUGGAGCUUCAUUCCAGCAUUCAUCUCAGAAGGGAGAGAGGUUUUCAGGCAGGUGCCAUGAGAUGGGAAUAAAGCAGGAGGCUUUGGGGUGGAUGCUGAAUGAAGAACAGAAUCUUGAUGCUUUGUGGCUUACCACAGCCACCUGUGUGUCUGCCCCACAGAUGGCUGCCAGCUCCAUUUCUGCCCUUUUUCCCUGCUUGAUUCCAAGAGUAGGUGCUGCCUAGCAGCCCUUUGUGGCCACUCUUUCGUCAGGAGGGCCCUGCAGAGUCCUGCACCAGGCCUGCGUGAGUAGGUACUCCUCCUGCCUUGUGUCACAUGUCAAGAGUGCCCCUCCACCCCCUCUGAAAGUGGGGCCUGGCCAGUGCUGCUUAGUACUGUCUGCCUUCAGUGGUAUGAAUUGCCGUGAAGUCAGAACUCGUGUGUUCAUUAAGGGCUCAAUAAAGGUUAGCUGAAUGAAUAAAUAACAGCAACUAGUCUUUAUUUGCCUCAUCUAGUCCUUCACUAAGGGCACGCUGCUCCAUUUAGAAUACCACCUAUGAAUGUGGUUCUUACCUUCGGUUCUUACCUUGAAAUGAACCUGUGGUUUAACAGGCAGGUGACAACAAAUGGCAGCAUGGCAGGGGCACACCUCUCCUGGUCCCCUCGCUCCUUUGCUUGGGCUCAUAGUUACGUAGAAACAGGCUGUCAUGGCUAGUUCUUACAUUUUUUUCAGAAGAAGCUAGACAUUCAGGUUGUGAAGUUGAUUAGAAAUUACUGUGUGUUUUCCCUGUAAUCUCUUUAAGAAGUAGGCGGGUGGAACUGGAACCCAACUACGUCCAUCCACAGGGGACUAGUUAAAGGAAUCAGUAGCUCCAGGUAGGGGAGUACCAUACAACUACAAUCAAGAAUAAGGAACAAGCUGCAAGACACAUCAAGUGAGAAAAGCAAGGGGAAGAGGCAGGACAGUCUAGCGGUCAAGCACUCAGGUUUUGGAGCCAGGCAGAUGGAAGUUUGUAGCGUGGCUCGCUGCUUCUGACCAAGACCUUCAUUCAGCAAGUUACACAGCACCUGGAGAUCAUUUCCUCAUCUGUAAAAUUACAGUGAAAGCUGCUUAAAGAUAAAAUGAGAUAAUGUAUAUAAAAUAUUUCAUCUGGACUGGACCAAAAAGUGCAUUCAAGAUGGAGGCUCUUAUUAAUAUGCUUGAAUGAAAAAUGCCACGUGGGAAAGUGGGAUUCGAAACUCUAGCCCAAUGCCAAUUUUGUAAAAAAAAGUAUGAAUAUAUGUAUUUUUUAAGAACUGGAAGGAAAUACACCAGAUUGUUAAAGAUG